AUGGACCUCCUCUCGAGCGUCCGCAAGUCCGGCUCCCGCGGCGGCGUCAACUUCAGCUGGGACGAGGUCGCCAACUCGGCCCAUCGCGAGAACUACCUUGGCCACAGCCUCAAGGCCCCUGUUGGCCGCUGGCAAAAGGGCCGCGACCUCAACUGGUACGCCAAGGGGGACGACGCCGCCGGCGCGCGCGAGGGCGAGACGGAGCAGGAGCGGGCAGAGCGCGAGCGCAAGGAAGAGCUGCGGAAGGUUAAGGAGGCUGAGGAGGACGCCCUCGCGCGCGCGCUGGGGCUUCCCGUGCCGCAGAGGGACACCUCAGGCGCCAACGCCGUGGAGGUCAGCGGGAUCAGGGGGAUCGGCGCGGUGGGGGCGGCGACGGCGGCGGGCGACAACCCUGUGGAGGAGGAGCAGCAGCAGAAGAAGGGCGGGCUCGUCGUUUCGGAGAAGAGGGAGCGGAGAGAUCGCGACGAGGAGAGGGAGAGGAGAAGGCGACGGAGUCGGAGUCGAAGCCCAAGACGGGAAAGGAGGCGAGACGGUGGGGAGAGGAGGCGAGAUGAUGGGGAGAGGAGACGGAGCCGCGAGAGAGAGCGUGGUGGGGAGGAGAGGCGGCGGAGGGGCGAGGGACGGGAUCACGAUCGCGAGCGCGGGGGUCGCGACGAAGGGCGGGAGAGACGGCACCAUCGCCGCGCGAGGAGUCGGAGCCACGACCGCGAGCCGAGGGAGCAUCGUCGGCGGAGCAGGAGUCGCGAGGGACGCGGAGCGCCCUCUGGGGGUCGACGCCGCAGCCCGGACGAGCGUCGACGAUGA